CGUCUACAUGCCUGGUUAACCUUUCAUUCUCUGACCCUGCCCUUACAGAUUUCCAGGACGCUGUGGAAAUAUUCAGCACCAGUGGGUCCCCAAACCCCUUCAGUAAACCUCACUGCUGGACAGAUUAUCCUCUCAGAGAUCCAGCCGAAAACUGCCAGUGUGUCCCACCUUCUGCCUACGGUGACUCGGGUUUGAACGGGGAGUCACUGCAGCCGCUGCUACCGGUCAGUUCGGAGGAUUUGCUCAUCCUGAAAUCCCAGAGCCAUACUAACACCCCACUGCAGGUGGAGCCGGGAGUGGAGCUGCUCUACAGGGAAUACCCCCAGGUCAAGCAGGAGUGUGGGCCGGCUGGCACUGCGCCCGUUUACCCAGAGAGCUCAGAGUUGGGUGUCAAUCUCAGCUUGUACUGGGAGAGGUAUUUAUCCAUCGACAGCCUGACUGGAUUGCCAUCUUACCGAGAUGUUUCUGCAGAACCAAGACAGCACCAAGCUCCACAAAAAGCCCUCGGCUGCAGGAAGCGCCCUGGGGCCUUGCGAGAUAGCCCAGCCUGCCGGCCAAUCCUGACCGAAUACACAGGUAAGGGCCAUCACAUCCUCCCGCUCAGCCCCACCCCAUGGACAGUACGAUGAGGAGGCACCUGGCCCCCAAAGCCCAGGCU